UUCCUUUCUUACAUGACUUGGAGUGAUUCCUGCUGUGAAGCUGGACCUCUGUGACAAUUUGAUGAAGCUCAGGAUCAGCCUUAGAAUCAGGCAACUGGCAUGUUAUGUAGCGGUCAAUAAAGUCACACACAACCUUAUCAAAAUCCUUUUCAAACUCGGGUGCAUCCUUUACCCAAACAAGUAGAUGAAUAUGUGGGCUUCCUCUAGCCUGAAACUCAACUCUAUAAAAGUAAUCCUCAACUUUACCAAUGGGUUGGGCAGGCGACAAAAGCAGAUGUGUCAUUAGUGCAUCCACUCGUUUCUCAAACAUUCGCAUGACAGUGACAGUGUUGCUUCGAAGGAUUUCACAUUUUGUCAUCCAGUCAAGCUCUGAAAAGUCAACCUGUUCACCUUGCUGGGCCUUGAUUGCUGUUAUUACUUCAGGCCAUCGCAUUUCGGCUGCACUGAAUGUGCAAAAAAAAGUAGGGGUUCCUAACUGUCUAAUCAUAGCCUGUAGAUCUCUCAACGUUUUCUCCCAAUAAGAUGGAGAACCUCUCAGUGGUUGCAUGAACCGUGUGGCGUCUCUGUCAUGUACCAAUCUUUCAAUCUCUCGGUUAUCUUGAAGCAAUUUGUUGGAAAUUUUUCGGCCAUCUCUUGUUAUAGGUUUGCCUUUUCGCAACUGGAUAGACAUGCUGUUUCUAGCCAGUUGCGUUUCUGUCACAAACUGCGCAAAGAAUAGGUAACUGAUCUCUCGCAAAACGCGUGUCCACGCUGAACAAUCUUGCCUUGAAGUACAUACUAGGAGAUAAUGAUAUUUCUCUUGCCUCAUCAAUUGUAUUCUGUCCAGUGGGGAACUGAACAGGGAACGCCAUGGCUACCAGCUUUGGGAUCUUGAAAAAUCCGACAGGCUUUUGUCCUGCUUCUCUGUGUCAUCACCUUCCUCAUCUAGGUGACUUUCAAACAUUGCACUUUAUCUUGUAGAGAUAUACUUGUACUCUGAAUGCAUUGCUUUCAGCUUUGAUAAAGCUGCAAGCACAUUAUGCAUAUUCACAGUAUGGAAGUGCUGAUAUCCUUUAAACUUAAUGUGUCUCUUUAGCUUCACCUGCAGUAGCUGGGAUGCACUUCUAGGUCUUGGAAGACAGUUGACAGUCUGUUCCACCUCAGAUGGCACACACACAAUAGUACCAUGCACUGCUUUUUGCUGUCCUUUGGGCAACACAACUAUUUUUGCAAUUUUGGCAAUAAGUUGAUGUUCAAGCACAUUCAAUUCAACCAAUUCCAUAGGAAUGGGUUGCAAUUCAAGCUUGUUUGCCGAUGCAAUUGAAGGCAUGUGUCCUCUCUUCAGAUGGCUGUCGCAAGUGUGGCAAAUCCACUCCUGUCUUCUCUCUUCCGGAACUACACAAGAAUCUGAGCAGGCACUAUCGCAAGCAUGAACAUAUUUCCCAGUUAAGCACGAUGCUGCAACAUGAACGUUUUUGUCAUAACGCGUUCUAUUACAGACCCUGACUUGAUCAGGAAACAGGGCUCUGUGACAGACUGUCAGGGCUUAAAGUAGUCCGGCCGGGGGCCGGAUUUCCGGCUUGAGGGCAGGUCCGGCCUCCGGCGCAGACAAAAUGUAUUUUUCAGGCUGCAAAUUACAGUCGGAGGCACUUUCGGCGCAGACGCGCUUGGAAAAAACGAGCGCGUCGCUUCCAUUAUGAGCGCGCAUACCGCGCGGCUACAUUUGAAAUAACGAAUUUGAGCGCGCAAAUGACGCGAUAUGUGAACAGGCACUAAUCUGACUUGAAUAACAUACCGGUCCCCUUCAACCUACAACCUUGAUUCAAGAGUCAGCGCGCACAGCUGUCACAGCCAAUGGGAGCAUGAUAUUAGGUUGUCUUAGCCAAUUGCUAGAGAGGAGGGCGGGUCUUGUGCAGGAAGUGAACCAGUUCGCAGUCAGUUAGCUUGUACACACGCUAUGGAUAAUGGAGUUUAUCAAACCAGGAGAAAAUACAUCUGCUUUGGAGAAGAAAGUAAAAAACAAGUGGCGCUGGGCAUGGCUUGAAGUAAGAGGACAAGACGGGAAGGCUUUAGGCACUUGGUGCAGUAAACUUCCAGAGCCUGGAGCUUGUUUUUGCAUAGUUUGCCACAAAAAGCUUCACUAUGCCACUAGCGGUAAAAAAACACUUGUCCGUCAUGAUGGAGAUAAGACGCACAGAGCUAACGUGCGCAGUCUACAGCAUACCACCACGUUACCUGGAGCAGAAACUACGGCAACUCCUCUGACCUCUUUCACUGACCGUGUAUGUGAGCAAAAGUUAAGACUGUGUGCAUUUAUAUCUCAACACGACUUAUCGUUCACAAUUUCACAACCGCUUGUGGAUCUAUGUAAAAAGUUGGCCGAGGACAAAACGGCUUUGUCUAAACUGUCACUGUCGAACCAGCAAGUAAGCUAUCUAAAUACACACGGCCUCGCUUUACAAUUCAAAAAAGAUCUUUCGGACAAACUCGAAAAAACAAUGUUUUCUCUGAACAUUGAUGAGUCGACAAACAACAAUGUAGACCGAAUAUUAAAUGUGUUGGUCAGAUUUUUCGACGAGGAAAGUGGAACGAUAACAACACAGCAUUUGGCUAGCAAAAUGGUAAAUGUGGCAACAGCUCCUAUUCUUAUGGAAGAGCUAGGGGGUAUUUUAGCUUCGUACAAACUUGAAUGGAAGCAAGUAAUAAGUAUUCUUAUGGACAACUGUGCUGUCAUGCGUGGAAAGAAGGGGGGCGUGGAGGCCUAUGCACGCAAAGAAAAUCCCUGUCUACUGGACAUAUCAGGAGACACCGUUCAUAUGGUCUCAAACAGCGCUAAAGCCCUACUUAAUCCAUUUGGCACAGAAGUACAGGACUUUUGUUCAGAUAUUUAUUAUGACACUGAAAAGUCUCCCAAGCAAAAAGAGAUAUUUUCAGAAUACCAAAGUCUCUUGCACAAACCCCAAAAGAGCUUGGUGCGACCCAUCAGCAGCAGGUUUCUUCAGAUGCUUGAUGUAUGCAACAGGGUGGAUGAAGUCAUGGAUGCCUUGGUUGUCCAUUACUACCAUCUUAUACCACCAGAUGAAGAACAUAACUACAGAUGGUUGCUAGCUGAAGUGCUGCAGAGAAAUGCAGUGUCAGUUGAGGAAAGGGCAAGAAUAAAAUUUCUGCAACAGCAACAAGCCAAAGCCUACCGAACACAGGCAAACAAAGACAGGAAGUCACGAUUAUUAGUGCUUUUUACAGACUAUGAAAGAUUGAGAGUAGUGAUCGACAUCUUCAGAGGAGUUCUCCCAACGUUCCAAAGUUUCCUCAAAAAACUUCAAUACGAGAAACCAAUGGUGCACUUACUUCACGCAGAGAUGGUGGCUUUGGUCAGAGAGCUGCUCAGUAAGUUCAUGAAGCCUGAAUCCAUUGGCCUAAGUGCAAAAGACAUCCUAAAGGUCGAUGUUCAUUGCAGAGACUUGCACUUGUCAGACAAAAGGCUCUCUGUUGGACAAUUCUGCUUCUCUAAACUGAACAAAGCACAAUUGGAGAAAAAGCUAUGGGUUUCAAGUAUCUAUUCUAGUCUGAGAGAAGGAUACAUCAGAGCAGCAGCAUUUCUGCUAAAAAACCUUCCACUGAAUAAUAAAAUAAUCACAUCCCUGUCAGCACUCAGUCCAGCUUUAUUGCAGGAGGACUCAGUUUGCACUGCAUUUCCUACAUUAGGCAGGGCUUUGCCAAAUGUUGUGGCACCAGAAGACCUAGGGAAACUCAGUGAGGAAGUACGGGCCUAUCAAAUUGAUGGUGAGCUGGUUGCCCGUGCUCAUCUAUAUAAAGAUGAGGAAAUGAGUGUAGAUGUUGGUUGGUGGAGCCCCAUUGUGGCUAUGAAAAAUGAUGAGGGAGAUGAGAGAUAUCCGGUCCUUAACAUGCUGGUAAAAGCUUUACUUAGCUUAUUUACAGGACCUCUGGUUGAGGGAUCUUUCAAUCAAAUGGAUGACAUUUUUGAGGUGGAUAGAUGUUGCAUGAAUAUUGAAACGUAUGAGGGCCUGGCAAUAGUCAAAUCCAGUUUAAAAGCAAGACGGAUGACUGCUGCAAACAUGACAAUAGAUCAACCGAUGAGGAGAACAUGUCUGUUGGCAUAUCAAACUUAUCAGACACACCUGGAUAGGAAGAAGGAAAGGAAACGUGCAGAGGCAAUGAAAAAACUGAGUGAAGCAGUCAGAGCCAGCUCCUCUGCACCCAAAACCAGCUCUUCUGCAGCCAAAGCCAGCUCUUCUGCAGCCAAAGCCAGCUCCUCUGCAGCCAAAGCCAGCUCCUCUGCAGCCAAAGCAGCCAUGACCUAUUCAACAGAAGUACUUUCUGUCCAAACUUUGAAAAGAAGAUGCUUAGAUCGCUUAAAAGACUUCAUUUAUAGUCCAGAAACGACAAAAAAACAGAAGAAAAAUUAG